UUGGGUGCGAACUUGAUCAACAAAAAAUCAAUUUGACAGUUCCCAGUUUGAAUCAGUGCCUUGCCGCAAACUAAAUCCGAUCUGGGGGGCUACCGCGAAAACCGAAAUUCGCAAAUUGCGGGGAUCUUUCUCUUUAACUCUCAGUAAGACGUAAUUAGAGUGACAGAGAAAAAUGCCCACAAUUGACGAACUUCGAUUUUCGCGGUUAUAGGCUAUAGCCCAGCUGACGCUUCGGCACCAUCUUGCCGCGAACCAAACUGCGAAAUCGCCGUGAAGUUGUGCGAGUGUGGAGUCUACGUCAACAUCGAGGUAUAACUGACAUUACAAUUAACGGAAAAUGUUGAAGCAAUUGACCACAUCUACGUUAUUCUGCGCGAUACGCGCAUAUUCCAACGCAGCAGGAAAAAUAAAAGCACGCAAAUAUGUGCUAACAAAAUAUUUCCAAGGGGAACCAAAAAAAAGCGACUUUAGAAUUUUUGAAGAAGAACUCCCGGAAAUAAAAGAUGGAGAAAUAUUAACGGAAGCAGAAUAUUUAAGUGUUGAUCCUUACAUGCGCGCCUACAUGAUUGGAUACAAAUUGCCCACUGACAUGAUAGGUGGCCAAGUCGCUAAAAUAAUUGCGAGCCGUAACGAUCAGUACCCAGUUGGUAAAUACGUGGCUGGUUCAUUUGGAUGGCGCACACAUACCAUUUGCAACCCUAAAUCAUCAUCCUACUUAGGAUUUAUGCCUAUCACUCUAUUGCCUGAUAUGAGCCCACAUCCAAUUUCGCUUGGAUUAGGAGUACUUGGAAUGCCAGGUAAUACAGCAUAUUUUGGAGUUAAAGAAAUAUUAUACCCAAAAGCAGGUGAGACCAUUGCCAUUACUGGAGCAGCUGGUGCAGUAGGUUCCCAUGUUGGACAAAUCGGAAAAAUAUUAGGCUGUCGUGUGAUUGGGUUUGCUGGUACAGAUGAAAAAUGCGAAUAUUUGCAGAAGGAGUUGGGUUUUGAUCACGCUUUCAAUUAUAAAACUGCUAACAUCAAAACUGCAUUGAGGGAAGGAGCACCGAAUCGCAUUGACUGUUACUUCGAUAAUGUUGGUGGUGAAAUUAGUUCAACUAUUAUGGGUCACAUGAACAAAUACGGACGCGUGGCAGUUUGUGGUUCUAUAUCGUCGUAUAAUGACACGGCUUUACCAAAAGUGACCAUACUACAACCAUCAAUCGUGUUUAAAGAACUAAAAGUAGAGGGGUUUUUAGUAAACCGGUGGCUUGAUCGAUGGGACGAAGGAAUCAAAGCUAAUAUGAACUGGCUGCAGGAGGGAAAAAUUAAAUAUCAAGAGAAAGUUUACAAUGGUUUUGAUAACAUGGUUGAAGCGCUGGUUGGAAUACUGAGAGGAGAAAAUACUGGAAAAGCUGUUGUAAAAGUAAAGUAAUCAAUAUUGUGUUGUAAUAAAACGUUAGUUUACAUGUAUAAAGAAUUGAUUAAAUAAAUCCGAUCCCUUAAAAUAA